AUGAUGCUGGAAAGGAGACAACGGAUGGUGGCCCUACGGUGGGUAGUAGUGAUACUACUAGUAGUGUGUCUCUCAUCACCUGUAGUCUCAUCAGAGACAGAGUCCUCAGAGGAACCAUCCAGCAAAGAUGACAAUAGUAAGAAGAACACCAAUGACUUGCUACUGGAAUGGGUCCUAUCCAAGGGAGGCUACUGGAAUGACAAGCAAACAUUGGGAUUCGAUCAGAAUGGAAUAUUUGGAGUCUUUGCGGCUCAACAUAUCCAAGACAAUGAAAUCCUCGCACAAAUUCCAUGGAGUUGCGUCAUCCACACGACGCCUCCCAGCAAGCGACGAUUUGACAAUUGCGAUACGGUCACGCGCCUCAAAGACGAAUUUGCGAAAGGCAAUCAAUCCGACUACCAUCCAUAUACACAAGCGCUAUUGGAAACGGCCCAAGUUCAUCGCUCCCUCUUGCCGGCGCAUUGGUCCGCGCAAGGACAAGAACUCCUCAAACAAGUACUCGCGACAACCAUUCCACCCCAAGACAUGUUCUUGACACUGGAUUGGAAACAUCGGUGCGAACAAGUCCAUAAAGAUGCAACACUGUUGGUCAUGACUCACGGAGAAGAUUUUGGAAUGGUACCCAUUACCGAUCGUUACAAUUCGCGCGGUGGCGAUUACAUGGGAGCGUACUUUGCCAUGGCAGGAAAAAACAAUUCCCAAAUGGCAUUGGAAAUUCGGGCUUUUCGCAAUUUGGAACCGGGCGAACAAAUAUUUACCGAUUAUCACGAUUACGGACAAAUUGGAACGCCAGAACUAUUGCGCGAUUACGGAUUUGUCGAAUUGUAUCCCCAAAAAUUCAUCUUUCAUCAUUUGCGUGUGGCAUUUGAUAUUGAAGUCUAUAAUGAAGCCGAAGAUGAUGACGACGAAGAACAACCCGUCCUGCAAGUCACAUGGUUGCAUCAACACGAACACAUGGCCUACUUUCAUCCACGAGAACAUUACGAAAGUCAACAGAGUCAACAACACAUUGCCGUCCUAAUUGAUUUUUUCCAACGGGAACACGAACGUCUACAGCAACAUGUGUGUCCUUCUUUGCAACACACGGCACAAUCAAAUGAUUCCAUUCCAAAACAAGAACGCGAUACCACCAUUACAUUUUGUCAUGCCGUCAUGGUUGCCAUGGAAGCCGCAUUGGAUGAUCUAGGAAUACCGGUACCACAACCCAGCAAUCUACGACAGUUGGGCAUUGCCAUGGCACCCUCACAGCAACGUGUCGACGACACGGAAAAUUGUGAGGAUGGAAACUGCAGUGAUGAACUGUAA